UAGUAAAUGAAGCGUAAUUCGGAGCGCAGUGUUAUAUCAUGAGUGACGAGUGAUGAAACUCGUCGUGUUUAUUGUUGUCGACAAUUAGCAACGAAGUUUAAUACACUCAGUACACGGACUACACGACAAAAUAUUCAGAAUGGCCGACGGACCAAGUAUUGCCAUACUGGGUGCAGGAGUUGUCGGGAUGACUGUAGCUAAGUUGUUACAAGAUGAAAAUAGAAAAUUCAAUAUAACCAUUAUUGCUGAUUCCUUUAAAGAAAACACGACAAGCGCUGUUGCUGCCGGUAUUUUUCGACCAGGGACGAGCUUCAGCGGGCCCACUGUUGACAUCACUAAGAAAUGGAUCAAUAACUCUUGGUACUAUUGGCAAGAUAUUUUGAAAUCAUCAGAAGCACCGCAAGCGGGUCUAAUGUCCUUUUCUAGUUACAUAUUUUCCAAAGAACAUUACACCGUCACUAGGAACCAUCUUAUUGAAGAUUUAGUACCAAUUUAUAGAGCUGUAGACAAAAAUGAACUGAGAAUUUGCGGCGAGGGAUGGAAAUAUGGAUCGUACUUUUCGACGAUAAAAAUCGGAUGUGAAAGAUAUUUACCCUGGGUGGAAAGACAAUUUUUAGAGAAAGGUGGAAAAAUUAUGACGUCCACCGUCGAGAGUUUUACCUCGCUGCCUGGAAAGUAUGAUUUGGUUUUUAAUUGUACAGGUUUAGGCGCGAAAUUGUUGUGUAAUGAUUACAAUUUGGUUCCGAUUCGGGGACAAGUCAUAAAGGUAAAAGCACCUUGGUUGAAAACAGCUAUUUACGGCGAUUACGAUACGUACAUCAUACCUGGUUUUGAUGGAAUAGCGACGCUAGGCGGGGUUAGACAAUAUGACAGUUACAACAUGAAAAUUUGUAAAUAUGACAGCGCCGCCAUAUUGGAGCGGUGCUGUGAAAUGUUGCCAGCGUUAAAAAAAGCAGAGAUUGUUGCACACAAGGUCGGGUUACGGCCGCACAGAAUACCGGUACGAGUGGAGCCGGAGACGGUGAACGGUCUGAAGGUAGUUCACUGCUAUGGGCACGGGGGAUACGGUGUGACAUGCGCUCCGGGGACGGCUAUCGACGCUGUGCGCAUAGGCUUGGAUUUACUAAAAACUAACGUAAAAACCAAACUGUAAUUUUUGGCAUGUAAGUAAAUUAAA